CAUCCCACGGAUUCCCCCAUCCUGACUUUGCUCACCAACGCUACUUUCAUCAUGGGAGCCAACUAUUCCAAACCAGAGCCCAUUCGGGAUGAGAAGACUUACCCUAGGAGGGUGAUCGAAGAUGGAGUUUCUCAUGCUUCGCAGGUCUACAUUGAGUUGAAGCAAUCUCCACCACAAUAUGAGGAGCGAGAACGCGCCCCCUCUCUCACACUUCAGCGCAUAGAAGACUGGAAUGAGACGUUGCUGGGCGAUGCCAAAAACCGGCUCGCCAUCUCCAGCCUCGCCACUCAACCCUACACCAAUGUCCUAGCAAACCACUCUGCUCUCCAAUUCGAUCGCCACAUCUUCAACCUCAAGGUGCCCGUUGAAGGAUCACCGAUCACGAAUCAACGCUCCUCCGGCCGUUGCUGGCUGUUCGCCUCGACCAACAUCUUCCGCGUUCCCUUGAUCAAGACAUACAACUUGAAGGAUUUUGAGCUAAGCCAGGCUUACCUCUUCUACUGGGACAAGCUGGAAAAGUCAAACUGGUUCUUCGAGCAGAUCAUCUCCACCGCUGACGAAGACCUCUCCGGUCGGCUGGUGCAAAAGCUCUUCCAAGACCCCGUCACUGAUGGCGGACAGUGGGACAUGGUCGCCAACCUGGUCGACAAGUAUGGUCUCGUGCCGCACGAUGUGUAUCCGGAUGCCUACCAUGCGCAGAACAGCUCCAAGAUGAACUGGUUGCUGACAGCCAAGUUGCGCGAGCAGGCCCUCGUGCUUCGUCGGUUGGUGCGUGGCGGUGGUGCUGGUUUGGCUGAGACUAAGGAACGGUUUCUUCGUGAAAUCCAUGGUCUAGUCACGCUGCUCCUGGGCCCGCCCCCUAGCCCGGACAAAGAGUUUGUGUGGCAGUAUUACGAUGCGGAUGGAAAAUCCAAGGAGAUUCAACUCACUCCGCGUGAGUUUGCUCGACAAGCGACGACUUCGACAGCUGCUCGCAAGGCUACCGUUACCCCCUCUCGCAUGUUCAGUCUGGUCAACGAUCCCCGGAAUGAGUAUAACCGGUUGUUGACGGUGGACCGGUUGGGUAAUAUCCUGGAAGGGCGGCCGCUGACAUACGUCAACGUGGAGAUGAAGACCCUCAAGAAUGCAGUCAUCGCCAUGCUCAAAGCCGGACACCCCGUUUUCUUCGGAUGUGACGUGGGUAAAUUCUCCGAUUCCGUUGGGGGAACCAUGGAUCUCGACAUCGUGGAUCUUACCCUCGGGUUCAACAUCUCGCUGGGAAUGAGCAAGGCCGAGAGGCUGGCGAGUGGGGAGUCAUCGAUGACACACGCCAUGGUCAUUACCGGCGUCCAUAUCGAAGGCGACAAGCCGGUGCGCUGGCGCGUGGAGAACUCCUGGGGUGAGGGUGCUGGAGAUAAGGGCUGGUUUGUGAUGACCGACCGGUGGAUGGACGAAUAUACCUUCCAGGCUGUGGUGGACUCUGAUUUUGUCUCGAGUGAGAUACGGGCCAUUUUGGACCAGAGUCCAAAGGUAUUGCCUCGAUGGGAUCCGAUGGGAGUGCUUGCUUAGCGGGAAGAACUAAUAUGAAACGAAUCAAUGUCAAUGUGUUUGCAUUUGAACGGCCGUAGUGGGCCUGAAUUGUAUGGCAGCAACUCUUUCCGUUGCGCCCGCGUCCUGUCUUGCAUGCAAGUUUCAGGGGGGGAGAAAUACCACCUUCGUGCUCGAUGUAGUGGAUACUAGAUGAUGUGAAUUCAAACCGCCACGGAUUCAUGCAGGAAGAUCCAACGUAUGAGCUUAGGAUGAUGUGACGGAAUUAAAGCAUCGAGAUCCUACCUUACUCAUCGCGAAGAUAUAGUUAUAGUAUAAGACCACA